AGAUGAGUGGCCAAAUCGUUCAUGAUAUUCCAAUGGGAAUGUAACUGCUUUAGAUGUUUCCCAGUUGCAUUCACUCACUGUCUCUGAAUCUGCAGACGCGUCACUAAAUUCAAGGGGGGGGGGUACGUAUACUCCACGACCCACCUGGCUCCGGCACCUGUCUGGAAGAGAAGCAGUCAGAAUGUUUUUGUUGAUCCGGAUCCGGAUCCGCCCAAAUCUGGCGUCACAGGCACCGACAAGAUGGCCGAGACUACGGGAUACAAGUGAGAGAGGAAACAAAAACAGUGGCGUGCGAUCCCUGGCGCGGAUGGCGGAGCUGUAGAGCUGCUGAAGACCGGUUUGUGCAGAGUGAAGAGGCUGGGUCUGGAUCUGGAUCUGCGGCAUGCAGACAAACGGUGUUCAGCUCGCCAGCUCGCUGACAGAACGCUCGUCUGCUCAUCUGCGUUGGCUAGUUGGCCAAUGAGCUAACCAUGCUAACUAGCCGACAACACCGUUAGCGAGCGAGAGUAUACGCGUUUACGAAGUGACAGUUGGAUAAUUGUGAAAUAAAUACGUUUUCAUCACUUCUUCGUUUCCGUGGAGUGGCAUUUCUGCUGCAGCGUAACUUCCCCGAAUGGGAAAUUGGUGCCAAUAAACCCUCCUUGCCCGCUGGCUAGCAAGCUAACAUUGCGGAUUUCUUGUUUGCAGCCUCAGAGUUAGCAUUAGCAAACGUCAGCUUGUUGGCUUGCUCAGCUGUUUUGGGUGACUGGGGGGGUUGUUCUGACACAAGAAAGGUGCACCAGUCUGCGAGAGAGACAUUUUAAAUAUUUUACGUGAACACAACAGAGACGUUUGUCAGUAAGUCUGUGAGAGCAGGUGUCCUAAGGAUUGUAAACACACGUGAAGCCGAGGAGGUAUCAGCCUUGGCAGGCAGCAUCACCAUGGCCCACUCUCCCGUCCAGGGACACCUUCCGGGGAUGCAGAAUGCCAAAGCGGACCCAGAGGAGCUGUUCACCAAGCUGGAGCGCAUCGGCAAGGGGUCUUUUGGCGAGGUGUUCAAAGGCAUCGACAAUCGCACGCAGAAGGUCGUGGCCAUCAAGACCAUAGACCUGGAGGAAGCAGAGGACGAGAUUGAAGACAUUCAGCAGGAGAUCACAGUCUUGAGCCAGUGUGACAGCCCCUUUGUCACCAAGUACUACGGCUCAUACCUGAAGGACACAAAGUUAUGGAUCAUCAUGGAGUAUUUGGGUGGAGGCUCAGCGUUAGACUUGAUGGAGCCCGGUGCCCUUGAUGAGUUCCAGAUUGCCACGAUCCUCAGGGAGAUCCUGAAGGGGUUGGAGUAUCUGCACUCGGAGAAGAAAAUCCACAGAGACAUCAAAGCUGCCAACGUGCUGCUGUCCGAGCAAGGAGAGGUGAAGCUGGCAGACUUUGGGGUGGCCGGCCAGCUCACCGACACCCAGAUCAAACGCAACACCUUUGUUGGCACACCCUUCUGGAUGGCCCCUGAGGUCAUCAAACAGUCGGCAUAUGAUUCUAAGGCUGAUAUCUGGUCUCUAGGCAUCACAGCCAUCGAGCUGGCAAAAGGUGAACCUCCUCACUCAGAGCUCCAUCCUAUGAAAGUUUUAUUCCUCAUCCCAAAGAAUAACCCGCCUACGCUCGAGGGAAACUACAGCAAACCGCUCAAGGAGUUUAUUGAGGCAUGUCUCAACAAAGAGCCCAGUUUUAGACCAACUGCCAAAGAGCUGUUGAAGCAUAAGCUGAUCAUUCGCCAUGCGAAAAAGACCUCCUACCUGACUGAACUGGUGGACAAGUACAAGAGGUGGAAGGCAGAACAGUCCAGAACGACAGAGUCCAGUUCUGAUGAGUCUGACUCGGAGCAGGAUGGACAGGCGUCGGGAGGAAACGAUUUUGGCAGCGAUGACUGGAUCUUCACCAUCCGAGAAAAGGACCCCAAGAAGCUUCAGAAUGGGGAGGGUCAGUCAGGAGGCACAGAUCAGACGACAGACAUUCCGAAGAGGCCUUAUUCACAGAGCCUGGCUACGGUCAUUUCUCCUGCAUUAGCUGAGCUGAAGGCGAGACAGGAGCAGGUGAAUGGAAACCCCAUGGUCCUGGAUGAGCUGAGGGAGGCCAUCCUGCUGGCGGAGGAGGCCUACCCCGGCAUAUCCGACUCCCUGGUGGCCCACAUGGUCCACAGAGUCCAGAGUUUCUCCAAGAGCAGGACGUCGUCCUCCUCCUCUUCUCCUUAGAAACUGACUCUCUGCCCUGGCCCUGCUCUCCCAGGCCCCCACCCCCACACUCCCCCAACACCACAGGGUUUAAUGUUUGGGGUCAACACUUUCACUACCAGCUGACCUCUUUUAACUCCUGUGGAGGGGGGGGGUUGAGAUAUCCUACCCUGUAAAAAAAAGAAAAAAGAAAAAAAAAAAGACUGAACUCCAAAGCUAAGGAUGACCGAGAAACUCUGGAGAGCUUCUUUUAGCCACUUGUGGGUUGGGGGAAAAUUUGGGAGGCAGCAGCAGACCCUUUCAUUGUUUUGGCUGUGAUGGGACAAGACUCAUGGUCAGCUUAAUCCGCUCCUUAAAAAAAAAAAAACGCGACAACAGCCAAGUCAGACUGUGGGCUCAACAAGGAGCCGAAGAUCUCCUGCAAAUCCAAGACGAGACUUGAGCCCCUUCUUAAUGCAGGCUUCACAUCCCCACAACCUCUGAAAGCAUGCUUGAUGAACCUGCAGGGAUAUUAUCUUUGUGUGUAUGUGUGUGUGUGUGUGCGCGAGUGUGUCUCCGAGUGUGCGCGGCGUGUGUUUGUGUGUGCAUGUGUGCUCUUGCGUAUGUAAGACUCCCUGUUAAGGCAAAUUGCAGCAUUCUUAAUGAAACCUCAGGUAAAGUGCUUUAAGUGGACUUUGUCCUCCAAGGCAGAGGGACGAAGACGAGGAGGAGGAGGAUUGGGCGAGGGGGGGCGGGGGGACGGUCACCAUGCUGUACAUGAUUACAAGUUGUCAUUGCGAGGCAAAUGAAUCACUGUGUACAAAAUGGUCAUGCGCAUUUUGUAGAUAUUGAUGAUGUUUAAAAAAAAAAAAGAAAAAAAAGUAGAUAUUUAAAGAUUUCAGACGUUACUCUGACGGAGCGAAACAGAAAAUGCCUUGCCUUUUUUAAGACGCACACAUGUCUAUGUUCUGGCAUUUCAUCACAGACUCUGUUUUUAUUUACGUGUUAAGUCAUUGCAACUCGGUUCAGUGUUUUCUUUCCAAGUGACUGAUAUCCAGUCUUUUAUUUCAAUCAACUGCUAAAUUGUUAAACUUAGAACAUUACUGAGCUUAACUUUGUUACAAGGCAGACGCUUUUUUUUUUUGAAUUGUUUUUUUUUUUUGUCAGGACAGGGGGCGGACUCCUUUUUGUACUUAAGUUUAGAUAAUUAAAAGGUACAGUGUAUAAAAUUUAACAACAUUUAUUGGUGAAGUUGCGUGUUGCAGCUGAACAUCCCUCUCUUCCCGUCCCUUCCAAGUGUUAUGGAGAACUUAUGUAGCCUUCAGUUAGCGUCAAAACUUGAAAGAUGUUUAGUGUGUCCGUUGUGGGCUACUGUAAAAACAUGGUGGUCUAAAAGCUCAUUCUGGGCUAAUGAAAAACAUUUCACACAAUCAGGUGAUUGUAUCGUCGUCAAUUUCUGCCAAAUAAAAGUAAUUUCACCUAAAUUUUACACACUGGACCUUUUUAAAGUGAGUUUUUGAAAUAGUUUAGGACAAAAAUGAAAGUAGAUGUAUCAACAGUGGCUCUUUAUUUAACAACAGCGAGUGGAGCUAAUUAACAGAGAGACCACGAUGAACGGUGGAACGGCGUUAUCAUGUGAAGUAUUGUCUUUCUUUGACUUGUAUUUUCUCCUCAGCGUCAUUUACAGAUGUUAAAGUGGGCAUGAGGAAUAACUGUAGGCAAUCACAUCAUGACACUUACUCAUGGCCAAACUAAAAAUGUAUAUCAGGACAAGCCAAGCUGCAGAAAUCCACACCAUGUGUGUUCUAAUUUCCACACCAUGCUAUAAAAGUGCCAUGUCCGCUUUUAUGCUUUUCAUCAGAUGUCCGUAGUAUGAUUUGCACCUUUUUAUUUUCUAAUUUCAGUUCUUUCUUUUUUUGCACUUUGAAAGUGUCGAGUAUUUAAAGAAAACCUGUAAGAGGAAAAAAGACACAAAACGUUGGGGAAAAAAAGUCGCUAAUAGCCAUGUUUUACUAUAAAUGUUUACUUAAGAGUUCCAGAAUUUUACUACUGUGCUAACGCAGCAAUAAUGUUGAGGAGUCGCAUCACUUGUCAACACAGGGAUUGAAAGAAAUUAAGAAAUAUCUGAUAUUUUUAUAACUGCAAAGAGUUAAGUAUGGAAAUAUGGAAUGCUUUAUGGAUAUGGGCACCUGCCUCUGGCAAAAAUAUCUAUACCUUACAGAAAAACAUAUGCUACAGAAAAUGACUACAAAAUGUGUACAUUUGUUCUCCUUUAUCAUAGCUGACAGUUUAUAGUACUGUAUAUAAUCUUUGCUUGUGUCAUUUGAGAAUUCCCAAGUUAAAUGUAAGCUCCUUGUAAGCUUUCAAAGUGACAUGAGAAAUAAAGAUCUAAUGGUAACUGAGAA